AUGACCUUACGCCGGCAGCGCACUGCCUUUUUGACUGACAAAUAUGAAGCACAGUUGCAAAGGAGAAGCAGAAAGAGAACGCGUGAAAUAUUCGCCAAGAAGGGAGCAGAUUCUAGGCAGUUUUUAGAAAAACUCAUGGAAAACAAAUCUAAGCUUCCGGUUACAUGUGGGAAUAAAGAAGGUUCCUUGUAUUUGGAGGAAUUUUAUAACCGAGAGAAAUGCAUCUUGAGUGAAGAUCAGUGGUUUAAGCCCGGUGAAUUUGAAAAGUUUGGAGGGAAGGAGAAACACAAAAAGUGGAAGACCACCAUCCUUUGCUGUGAAUCAGAAAGAAGAGACAGUGUCCACUAUGACAACAAUAACAACAAGAACAGUGGUCCUACCCUUCCUGUUACCUGCGGCUCUCUCACUGGCAUUCUACACAAAAUACGUUUUGCUAAAGGACACUGUGGGAAAUGCAUAAGGACUGAUGAUUUAUGGCUGACGCCUGAGGAUUUCGCCAGAUUCGGCAAACAAGAUGUGGCAUGGAGAAUUGGCAUCAUGGCUCAUGGCAAAGCGCUUGGAAAACUUAUAAUGAAAAGAGUUUUGGAACCUCAUGCGGUCAGCUGUAAUUGUGAUGUCUGUCAAGAACUGGACCAACAGAAUGAUGACGACUGUUACAUCUGUGACUCUGAAGAAGAUCUUGUGUGCUGUGAUGAGUGUCCUCGAGCUUUUCAUCCACACUGUCACCUACCAGCUGCUGUGGACAUCGACUCUGGCGAAUGGAGCUGUACAUUUUGUGUGAUGAGAAAAAUGGAGGAAUCUAAUCGAAAGACACGACAGGAAGUUUUAAACAGUCCACUUUUUCAGUACAAACUGCACUGCCAGUAUUUGUUGUUAUAUCUGCUGCACGAGUGGACUGCUGAGCUUUGCACCAAAGUUUCAGACAAUGAGUGUAAAUGUAAAGCAGAAGACAUCAAGCUGAAUUUACAGAAUGACAAUUACCAAACAGUGGGCGAGUUUGUCACAGAUAUUGAAAACAUUUUUCAACACCGUACCUCCGAAAGGAAUAAUGACUUAAGCAGAAUGGAGCAUUUGUUCAAGGAGGAGUUUAAGACCAUCUUUAAACUUAUAUAA